AUGCUUCUCCAAUUGCUUUUUCUUCUUCCCCAAGGGAGCUCCGCGCUCGCCCUCAAUUUCCCAUGGGAAUCGAUCCAACUCGCCGAAGCGGAAACGCGCAACUACUCCGCCAUUGCGUUCGGGAACCUUGCUCAUCAAUUCGAACCUAAAGAAUGCAAAGUCAUACCUGGCGAUGAUGACUGGCCUAGCGACGAUGAAUGGACCACGUUCAACAAGACGCUUGGCGGUGCAUUGCUGAAGCCGAAGCCAUUGGCGAGUGUGUGCUACACGGGCCCGUCGUAUGAUGCAACUAGGUGCGAACAAUUGAAGACGGGAUGGACGAAUAUUGCCAUACAUUCGAAUGAUCCCACUAGUGUUAUGUCGCAAUGGGCUUCUGGAGACUCAUGCGUGCCGACGAGCCAGCCCAACUCGACGUGUAGUCAGGGGGGCUAUCCAGUCUAUGUCGUGAAUGCGACGACAGUGAGGCAUGUUCAGAUGGCUGUGAAUUUUGCGAGGAAUAACAAUAUUCGACUAGUGAUUAAAAACGGAGGCCACGACUUCAAUGGGAAGAAUAUCGGCGGCUAUGCGCUCUCAGUCUGGAUGCACCAUCUCAAAGGAAUUAUUUACCACGCCAACUACACGGCACCGGACUACAGCGGUCAAGCCGUGGCUAUUGGUGGAGGAUCUCAGGCCCUAGAUGCGUACACGACCAUGUCUGGGUAUAAUAUUACCUUGCUCAUGCCGGGAGGCAGCACUGUCGGGCUUGCGGGCGGUUUCUUCCAAGGCGGCGGCCACUCGAGCUAUACGAGCUUUUACGGAUUAGCUGCCGACCAUGUUGUGCGUAUUAAUGCUGUUACUGCAGACGGGAGGUUGGUCACCGCGGAUGCGGAAACGAACGAGGACUUGUACUGGGCGUUCAGAGGUGGUGGGGGCGGCACUUAUGGCAUUGUAACUUCCAUAGUAGUCAAAGCCUUCCCCCAAACCCCCAUCGCAACAGGGAGGAUAACCUUCUCCACCGUCCUCGCACCCGGCUCCAACAGCACCGGCAUCUCCCUUGAAACCUUCUGGGAAGGUAUGAAAGCAUACUGGGAGUUUUGUAUCCCGCUCGUGAACAACGGCGGCCUGGGCUACAACUUCAUUCGGCAUACGCCGAACCCGAACUCCAACGAAACAGGCCUUACGUUCACGACUUCAAUUACACUGCCCAACCACACAAUAGCCGAAUACCGCGCCUUCAUGCGGCCGCUGCAGGAGAAGUUGAACGCGCUAGGCAUCGCCGUCCCCAUGCCGCCAGUCCAAAGAUUCGCCAACAUCUACACGCGCGACCAACCACCCAGCCUCGCCCGCGCCCAAGCCAUCAGCUCCGCCUCCUCUGCAGAAGACGGCACCACCAACCCUCUCAAACCACGCGCCCUCGGCGACGUCGUCGGCAACACGCUCAUCGCAUCGCGCUUCUUCCCCCGCAGCUCCUUCUCCAGCGCGACCAGCCGCACCGCCAUGAACGCCGCCAUCCGCACCUUCAUCGAGGCCGGCGGCUACGAAUUCCACGGCAUGAACUACGCGCCCACCCUGGCCGUCGCGGGCAACCCGCGCAACGCCGUCAACCCCGCCUUCCGCAGCACCGUCAUGCACGCGCAGGGCUACGACAGCCGCAGCUGGUGGGACGGCACGCGGCCCGUAGAAAGCAUGGCGAUCCAGGCAGAGAAGCACAGGCGUUUGCAAGCGUACAUGCAGGGCUGGCGCGAUAUUACGCCGGGGAGUGGGAGUUAUAUCAAUGAGGGGGAUGCGCAGGAGCCGGAUUGGAAGGGGGCGUUCUUUGGGGCGAAUUAUGAGCGGUUGAGGGGCGUGAAGGAGAGGUGGGAUCCGGAGGGCGUGUUUUGGGCGCUGAAUACUGUGGGGAGUGAUAAGUGGGAGGUUAGAGGGGGGAGUGGGGGAGGGAGGAGGGGGCUGUAUACGCAGGAUGGAAGGUUGUGUAGGGUGGAGGGGUGA